UACACACACGUCCUUAACGCGCGAGUGGAUGGUGCAAAUUUAUGGUGUGUGAUGUGAGUCGUCCUCAUAGAGAUGUAUACUCUAUGGUCGUCCUUUAUCCAUAGAUGUUAUCUCGAGUUUGUAGGCAGUAAACGCGUUAUCGCAUAUGAAAAAACCCACUGCGGCGUUCUCGCCGCGGCGCCCCUCAAGAGGAAAUUGCACUAUUCUUUCGCAUGGCCAUGGACUGUUAAGAGAAAGCUAUUAAAUUGCUCUCCAGCAUCCAGUAUACGCAGCUCGUAACCAGUUCAAUGAUAAUGAUCCAUCUUUUUCGAGUCGCCUUUUCCUAGGGAGAUUUAUUUCAGUAUGGCUUCCACAGCAGGCGAGAGAGAGAAAGUGAUACCACUGGUACCGGCUGGAGAGGGCACCCCGUUUGCCAAAGGUGAUACCAGGACGUUUUCUUCAAUACCAGACCCUGGUGAUGGUUACAUAGAGAAGCAGGAGAAUGUGUCAGAAUCGAGUCAGAUGCAAGAAGGAGCCUCGCCAUCUGAACACACGAAACUAAAAUCUGGCAUGAAUGUCACCCAGACAGCCAUUUUUGUCGCCAGUCAGAUAUCUGGCCUCGCCGUACUAGUUAUUCCACCUUUACUGGUUGACAGUGGUUGGCCAGGCCUGUUUAUCUACCCGGUGGUCGCAUCUCUGAGUCUCUAUACCGCCAUCUUGCUCGGUCGGUCUUGGAACAUCCUAUGUAAAAGAAAACCCGAGCUUUGUCGGGAUUGCAGACUGCCCUACUCAGCAUUAGCCGGAGAAGCUUAUGGGCAAAUCGGAAAGCGUGUAAUCUCGUUCACGAUUGGACUUAUAGGAUUGGCAUCCACCUGCACAUUCUUACUUGGCGUGUCGGAGUUGAUGUUUUCUAUUAUCUACCCCUACCAAACCUUCAGCUUCUGUUACUGGCCCCUCAUCAUAUUUCUUAUUAUCUGUCCGCUCCUGUGGUUCUCGGGCCCAAAGGAAUUAUGGGAGGUGGGUGCCGUCGGAACCUUUGCGACGUUCCUCGGCUCCUACAUCUUGACCAUCAAGGCUUUCGGGGUGUUAGGCGGGGUCUCCAACAGACCUCUAAACAUCAUCACACACUCCGCCGCUUCGGACGGUGGGUGGAGUGGGUUCUUCGGCCUCCUCGGGUCCUCAUUUUUCCUGACAGGUCCGCACUACAUCAUGCCCACCAUACAGAGAGACAUGGCCGAGCCACAGCACUUCUCAAAAGCGUUAGUCAGGGGCAUGGGCAUUCAAAUGCUGGCAAUGUUCAUCUUAGUGAUACCGAUAUGGCUUGCUUUCAGCGGUCCCUUGGCUGAGUUGGGUUAUGUGGAGAGUGUCCUGAAUGCCGUACAGGCCGGCCCGGUCCGUACUGUGGUCUCGGUACUCCUUCUCUUUCACUUCGUAGCUGUGCUGGUCAUGAGCAACAACCCACUUUUUCAAGAGCUAGAACACAAAUUUGAUAUACCACAUGCUUUCAACUGGAAGCGAAUUCUCCUUCGCACGAGUAUUUUUCUGGUCGAGUUCUUCAUCGUCGAAACAUUCCCUCAUUUUGCCAUUGUGACGUCUUUGACGGGUGGUAUAUUUCUUGCUGGUCUCUCCAUGGUUGCACCUAUUUUCAUCCAUUUAAAACUCCGUCUUAUGGAGACGGCUGAUGAUCCAGAUGAAGUUGGUAUCUCAAUGCCGGACAAGCUGGUAUGUAUUCUCACGGUGCCUGCCUAUAUUCUCAUGAUCGCUGGCAUUAUCUACUACGCUAAUUUCAACAUACAUAACGGUGUUACGGUGCUAACUGUACCGUGUUACGUCAAUGCUACCGCUGCCCACGUUUAACACUACACCAUCAUCGCAUCCGAACAAAAUAAGAGGUUGAUUUAUUCGUGUCCGGUGUUGACAACUACUGUUCUGGCAUCGUGUUUCAAGUCGUGCUUUAAUGUUUGGUGUUUGACGAAUGCAGUAAAUGAUUCAGUGUUACCCGUGUUAAAUAUUGCGGUGACUAAAAGGUGUAUCCCCCACAAUUUCAAGCGAAAAAGCAACAAUGAUUUGUGGGUUCAUUAACAUUUUGCUCCGGCGACAAUCGCUCCAGCAACAAUUGCUCCGAUCUAAAUUCCACACAUUAAUCGAAGGAGAAAAAUUAACCCUGGGUUAUACCUAGUCUGCUAUGCACACUCUGAUUAAUGGCUCGUGAGGUAUAGACGCUGCUACUGGUGCCUGAAAGGGCGAGCGAAGCGAGCUAUUUCAGACAUCUGCAACCAUAGUAGACCUAGUCUGCUAUUCAGACUCCUUGAAUCAGCUGCUGUGGUACAAACACGGCAGAUGUGGGUCUACAUUUGUAGACUAGGCUACUCUAAAAUUUAACCAUAAUCUUAACCUAAAACCCUAACCCUAGCCCUACAUCUAUGACGAAGCAAUUGUCCAAGGAGCAGAUGUCGUGUCACCCAUGCGUGAUAUAAAGUGUUCUGGGUAAAAUAUUUAGAAAAGGUUUUUGCUACCUUUUAAAUGAUGAUUUAACAUUUCAUUUCAACGUUUGAAAUUGGAUACUUAAUAUUAUAUGUGUAUAUAUGAAAGAACAGAGGAAUAAACGAAAAGGGCAGAAAUCAGACUGAAAUAAACAGUAUUUUAAAGAAAUUGAAAAUAUUAAAACAGUAAUUUUAAUAUCCGAAAUUUAUCAUUGAAAUGUAUUCAUAUUGGUACUAUGUGAUAAAGAUUAAUGUUUAAAGGUCAAGUCCACCCCAGAAAUCGAUAGAGAAAAAUCAAACAAACAUAACGCUGCAAAUUUCAUCGAA